GAAGUAAACCUUUUACUUUGUUAGUUUGUUCUCUGCUUAAACCCUAACCCUCGACGUGCUCCCUCAUUCGCCGAACAGAUGGGGAGGUCCAGAAGGAAAUACAAGCGAGCGAGAACUAAGGUGCGAGUCGGAUUGCCAAAGAAAAAUCCUCAUUUAUUCAAGCCGGCGUUUAACUUGCCGCCGAAGCUUCGGUCACUGCUGGAUCCUCUCUCUCAGUGGGACGCAGAGGGCAGCGUUAUUGCAAAUUACAAGUCCUUCGGCUUUCUCUCAAAUCCAAACAUGCUUGGCGUGCGCUCGCGCACCUCCCACAUCGUCGAAAGCGAGUCUCUUCAGGUCCCGCCGCCCGUGUCCUCCGACGGCCCUGAAUCGGAUGCCGAGUUUCAGCCUAUUGAUUCCGGCAGCGAUCUGGAGGAAGAUGAUCUGAAGUCAGCACUUGGGAAGAAGCGGAGGGAUGGACGAAGUGCACCUCCUCAACCACUAACAGCCAUUCAACGGGUUUAUAUCCAAAGACUUGUGGAUGAAUAUGGGGACAAUUACCAGAGAAUGUUCAUGGACACAAAACUGAACAAGAUGCAGCACUCAGUAGCAACAUUGGAGAAUCUGUGCAAAAGAUAUCAGUUGUACCGUGAUAAGAAUCCCUUGAUUGUAGGUGUUUAGAGUAUAAUCAAUCCUCUGUACCUUAAACAGAACGAGUUCAUUUAUUCAAGUAAUGAUACAAUUUUGCCUUUUUGUGUGUGCUCAUGAUUAUAAUUUCAGCUUUUAGUAUACCCUACUACUCUGAACUGUGGACGAUGCUUUUUUGAACUAUGGUUAUUGCAAUCGAUAAGUAAAAUUGAGACACUUUAAU